UGUGUACCUAUUUGUAGAGUAGCAAUCAUUUGUGGCUCUUUAUUUUACGAACCAUUUGCUUUUCUCUUAAAUUCUAUGUACUGAAGUACUGCGAUAACAUAAGAAAUAGUCAACAUGGAAAAUCGACGAAAAUGGUUGAGUACCAUUUGGUCCAUGAUUGCUGUCUUUUGUCAUCAGUCAGAAUGUGCGGCGAAAAGCGGUGGUGGUGGUUCGGUGGUAGAACACCAUCCGUCAUCGUAUUGGGAACCUUUCAACCAACCGUACUUCGACAAUGCAACCAAGCGUGAUACAACUACAACCGUUGGUCAGUCGGCUUACCUACAUUGCAAAGUCCGCAAUCUCGGUGAUCGUGCGGUAUCGUGGAUAAGAAAACGCGAUCUGCACAUUUUAACAGUUGGUAUUCUAACAUAUACGAAUGAUCAACGUUUCCAGUCCUUACACAGUGAUGGUACCGACGAAUGGACACUUAAAAUAAGUUCGCCUCAAGUUCGCGACAGCGGCAUCUAUGAAUGCCAAGUUUCGACAGAACCCAAGAUUAGUUUAGCUUACAAGCUGAGUGUUGUUGUGUCAAAAGCGAAAAUCCUGGGUAACGCGGAGCUUUACAUCAAGAGUGGUAGCGACAUCAACCUGACCUGUAUUGUGCUGCAGACACCUGAGCCUCCGUCCUUCAUUUACUGGUAUAGGGGUGAGCACGUAAUAAAUUACAGCCAACGUGGCGGGAUCAGCGUCGUUACAGAAAAGCAGACACGGACGUCCCAUUUACUGAUCUCUCGUGCACUCCCAGCGGACUCGGGCAAUUACACCUGCGCCCCGUCGACGGCUGAAUCGGCUAGCGUCCUUGUUCACGUACUUAAUGGUGAGCAUCCAGCCGCUAUGCAACAUGGUAAUUCGAGUAACAGCGGCGCAACCACGCGAACUAUCGCUCUUCUUUUGCUACUUUUGCACGCUGGCUCCUUUGCAAGGUGACUGCUGAACGACGCCGUCCCGCGCUAAGAUGAGUAACAUAAAAUGAAGAAGCACAAACACAUUGUUGAGACGAACUCUACAAAUGUAACAGUAAUAAAACUAAAUGAGAAAGAGAAGUAAGAUAAGAAGAACUAUUUCAUCAUUGCUAUGUUCCAUCAGUAGUGCAAUUGAUGGAACAUGCAAUCAUGAAAAAGUCAACUGUAUAUGUUUAGAAUGAUAAAAACGGGAGUGUCGGUGACAGAGAGAUAGAUAGAUA